UUUGGUACUUUCGCUUUAAAUUUUCGGUCAAUGAAGACGACGUGGAAAGUGCCAAACUAAAUCCAGCUCCCUGUGUUUACCUAAAAAGGAGCUCGCGGUGCAGGAUUACACGAUCCCCAGUCAGGAUUGGGUUGGAUCUACCUGUCAGACGAAUGGCGUUGUUUGUGCUCGGGGGACGUUUGCUUAAAUGUGCAACUGGCAUUAAGACAGCAAUGACGGCGCUGCGGCCCUGCUGCUCCUCAGUGGCCUCAGGCAAGCAGCAUAUUAAUGGAGUGGACCUGUACUACGAACAGAAAGGCAGAGGGAAACACGCUGUGCUGCUGAUUCCCGGUGCUCUCGGAAGCACAAGGACAGACUUUGGUCCUCAGCUUAAUUCUCUGAACAAGGAGCAGUUCACUGUAGUUGGCUGGGAUCCCCGUGGGUACGGACAGUCCCGUCCCCCAGACAGAGACUUUCCCUCUGACUUCUUUGAGCGAGAUGCAAAAGAUGCAGUGGCUCUGAUGAAGGCUUUGGGUUUUGACAAGUUCUCCCUGUUGGGGUGGAGCGAUGGAGGGAUCACCGCUCUGAUCGUAGCAGCCAGGAACCCCAGACUGAUCAGCAAGAUGGUUGUGUGGGGAUCCAAUGCCUUUGUUUCCCAGGAUGACCUCAAGCUUUAUGAAGCGGUCCGUGAUGUCUCCAAGUGGAGUGCGCGGAUGAGACAGCCAAUGGAGGAGGUGUAUGGAGCAGAAAUGUUUGCUAAAACCUGGGAGGGCUGGGUGGACGGGAUCGCACAGUUUGCCCACAGACCAGAAGGGAGCAUCUGUCUGGAGCUUCUGCCCCUGAUCACAUGUCCAACCCUCAUCGUCCAUGGAGAAAAAGACCCCAUGGUGCCCAGCUUCCACCCACAGCACCUCCUCAAACACAUCAAGGGUUCACGAUUGCAUCUCAUGCCAGAGGGAAAACACAAUCUCCAUCUGAGGUAUGCCAAUGAAUUUAACAGACUGGUGGAAGACUUUCUGCAAGAGUGAAAUGACUUCCUGCAGCAUGAAUCCCAGUUCAUUUCAAACAUUUACCUCAAGAAAAGCCCACAGUAUGAUUGUCUGUUUAGAUUUAUCUACUUGAAUGUUUAUUUUGAAAAUUCUGUUAAUUUUUUCUUGAUUAAAUGUUUUCUA